AUGCUGUUCUCAUUUCUUACGCAUCGUUCGAAAUCCAAGACAACCAAGGUGAAAAAUGAAGUAGAUGAACGCUCGACGCCAAAUGAGGGCUCAUCUCACGAUGAAAAAUCUCACUCAGCCACGACUAGUCUCCCGGUUCCCCUUAUUCUUCCCUCGCCUCGUCACUCGCUCGAUCCUAAUCUACCUGAUUCGUUCCCCAUCCAAUCAAUCCCAUCCCGUACAUCUCUUUCCCCAUAUCUCGAUCCUGAGAAAGACUCGGAAAUACCCAUUGAUGACUCGUUGAACUCACCGUAUUCACAAGUUCGUGCCGCGGUGCGUAAUACAGAUGAUGAAUCGCUUCCAUGUAACACGAUUCGAGCUUGGUGUAUUGGGUUGGCGCUUACGACAUUGGGAGGGGGGAUCAACUGUCUAUUCAGUUUGAGGAGUCCAAGUAUCGCAAUUACUACUGUUUGCGUGCAACUAAUCGCCUGGCCCCUAGGCAAAGGCUGGGAUCUCGUAGUGCCAGACUGGAGCUGGAAGAUUCGCGUCCCCUUUUGCGGGGCUCGGAGGUGGAAUGUGCAGUUGAAAGAGGGGAAGUGGAAUAUGAAGGAACAUACAAUUGUGGUUGUGAUGGCAAAUGCGGGCUGGGCGUUUCAACUCCUCUUUGCGGUUACGAAUCAAAUGUUAGGGUUUGGAUUGGCGGAUAUUUGUAGGAGGUGGUUGGUUUGGCCUGCGGCGAUGAUUUGGCCAAGUGAUUUGGUCAAUUGCGCGUUAAUGUAUGCUCUACAUGAUCAUAGUCCCUCCGAUCCAGCAAAAACAAAUGGUCGGAGUAUAUCGAAAUACAGAUGGUUUAUGUAUAUUAUGAGUAGUUCAUUCGUAUGGUAUUUCUUUCCUGGCUGGAUCUUUCGAAUCCUUUCAUACUUUACAUUUGCAUGCUGGAUCGCACCGAAAAAUCCAGUUGUCAAUCAGUUAUUUGGUGGUGUGACGGGUCUGGGGUUAAUUCCUAUUACCUUCGAUUGGACUGUUGUGAGUGGAUAUUUGUAUUCGCCUUUAAUACCUCCCUGGUACGCCAUCGCGAAUAUGCUUAUCGGGCUUUUCAUCUUCGUCAUCAUCAGCUCGCUAGGUGUUCACUAUACAGGAACAUGGUAUGCGGAUUACCUUCCCAUGAGCGAUUCGCACAGCUACGAUAAUAUGGCGAAACCAUAUAAUGUCAGUCGAAUCCUCACUGCAAACUAUGAAUUCGGUGAGGAAUUGUACAAGAAGUACUCGCCGGUGUUUUUGUCGACCGGGUUUGCGCUAAAUUACGGAUUCUCCUUUGCAGCUAUUGGUAGUGUUAUUGUCCAUACAAUUUUAUACGAGGGAAAAACCAUUUGGAGACAAUGGAAACUUGCUCGAGAUCAGGAUGAUGACAUUCACAUGAAACUCAUGAAGAAGUACAAAGAUGCACCGGAUUGGCGGUACAUCACUCUCGGAGUCAUCAUGCUCGCCCUAUCCUUCGUGGUCAUCCUCGUCUGGGAUACGCAUUUUCCAUGGUGGGCUUUCAUUGUUUGUGUUGCGAUCCCUAUUAUCUGGACUGUACCUGUCGAUAUCAUAUUUGCAACGACCAAUAUCCAAAUCGGACUUAAUGUCUUCACUGAGUUUGUCAUUGGAUACAUGUUGCCUGGUCAUCCUGUGGCUUUGAUGUUAUUUAAAGCUUACGGCUACAUAACAAUGACACAAGCCCAGUUCUUCCUGCAAGACUUAAAACUAGGUCAUUACCUCAAAGUUCCCCCCCGAACAAUGUUUUUCGCCCAGUGUGCACUUUCUCAUAUUCCCGAAAUCUGUACCCGCAUCCAAAAAGAUUCCUACACCUGCCCAGGCCCCUCAAUGUACUUCACCACCAGUAUAAUUUGGGGCGUCAUCGGCCCCUCGCGUAUAUUUUCCGCCCCAGAGUCUCUUUAUCAGCCCUUACUCUACUAUUUUCUUAUCGGUGCUUUGCUUCCAAUAUUGACAUACUUUUCAACGCGAGCGUACCCUCGCUCAUUGUUCAAAUAUCUUAUUGUACCUGUCAUGUUUGGAGGUUUACAACUGAUACCUCCGCCUACUGGAUAUAAUUAUUUGUGUUGGGGAUUGGUGGGAUUUGUGUUCCAGUAUUGGAUUAGGAGAAGGUGGAGGGGAUGGUGGGAAGGUUAUAACUACGUAACUUCCGCCGCUCUGGACACCGGUCUAAUCCUCUGCACUCUUCUCGUUUUCUUCACGUUAGAACUUACUAACGCUAGACCACCUCAAUGGUUUGGAAAUGUAGAUGUAUUCGAGACAAUGGAUAUGCAGGGAACCGCAGUUCGAAAAGUACUUGCCGAAGGAGAAACUUUUGGGCCGAAGACUUGGUCUUAA